CCUGCCUGCCUCGAAUUUAAGCACCGAGACCAGCUGCUGCCAGCUUGUGUUUUGCUAUGUAGUUGAUCUAGAUUCUAGAAAGUAAUCGUGUUUAUUUUCUUAAAUUGCAUAGCUUUUUCGCGAAUUAUCUGAUUAUUAUUCGCAUAAAAUAAAUAAGAGUUUGUUUUAGUGUAACAAUAGGUUAUCCUCAUUUCUCAGUAAUCGAAAUCAGUGCCUACCUUUUAGACUUUACAAGGAAUAUUUGUUUGAUAUAAGACGUCGUUUAUAAUAUUAUAUUGUUGAGUGUUUAAUGUUUUACCCGAGUUCUGCAAUGGUCCGAGCAGUUUUCUAGCACUGUCCAGAGUGUCACAGCGAUUUGCAUGAGGUCACGACGGUGGUGCGGUGUCCGCAUGGAAGCCCGGCGGCCUGGUGAUCCCGCGCUGCACCCGCUGCGCGCGCAGUUUCGCCGCGCCCUGCCGGAAUGGACCGCGCGCGCCUCUCGCCGCCGUCGGACGGCACGAACCGUCGGCCGUUCCAAGGAGGACCCGGCGGAGCCAUCGAGACCCCGGCCGCGGAGUCCCUAGACCCAGAGACUUCGCGGUCCGUGCCGCGCGCGCUUCCCUCGAUACCGGAGAGCGAGCCGCUGCUCGACGCCGACGUGCCGCGCCGCAAUGGCCGCCUACACGUGCAGUUCGACGCGCAGUCGCCCCCCGCCGCCGUGUCCAGCUCGAGCUCUAGCUCCAGCUCGGACGACGAGGACGUGUCCAUCGCCGAGGCCCGCCCGCCCGAUGGCGGCUGGGGCUGGGUCGUCGUGUUCGCCUCCUUCAUGGUCAACCUCAUCGCCGACGGCAUCACCUUCAGCUUCGGCGUCUUCUUCCCCCACUUCCUGGAGUACUUCGGCGAGGGCAAGGGCAAGACCGCCUGGAUCGCCGGGUUCUUCAUGGCGAUGCCUCUCCUCUCGGGGCCGAUCGCCAGCUUCCUCACCGACAGAUACGGGUGCCGGCGAAUGACGAUCCUGGGGUCCGUGCUGGCCGCCAUCGGAUUCGUGAUCUCGGCUUUCGUCGAUAAUAUGGAGACGUUGUUUCUGACGUUCGGCGUUAUGGCCGGCUUCGGAUUGAGUCUGUGCUACGUCGCCGCCGUCGUCAUAGUGGCGUACUACUUCGAAAAGAAGCGAUCCCUCGCGACGGGUAUAUCCGUGUGCGGGAGCGGAAUCGGAACGUUCAUAUUCGCGCCGUUGACGUACGUUCUGCUCGACGAGUACGGGUGGCGGGGAACGACGCUGAUUCUUGCCGGGUUCUUCCUGAACAUGGCGGUGUGCGGCCUCCUGUUCAGAGACCUGCCGUGGACGGCGACGAUGAACGAGGAAAGAGCCAAGGAGAGAAAGAGACGACGAGAGAGAAAAAGAAAUAAGCGUUUCGGGUCGUCGGCCGAUAGCUUCUCCGAUAGUAAAAGUAGCGCAGCCGGGUCGACGAAAGUAGUCGAUAGCGUAGAUAUAGAGGCGGUAACUUCGAGAGUAGUUCCGCAAUUUAGUUCCUUAGUAGAUCUCCCCACGUUUAUGACCGGAGGGGAGGGGGUAUCGCUAGAAGUUUUCGAAUUGAUGUCGAAUAAGGGACGCGCGUAUGCGAUGCUAGCUCAGAAUUAUCCUGGAGUGAUGUUGCCCUCCAGAAGUUUUAGCGAUAGCGGUCGACUCCACGAGAUGUCGCCGCCUAAGGCGCUGAUGUCCCCGAAUGCGAUGUCUCCGGGGACGAUGUCGCCCACAACGUCGAGUCAGGCCCCGAACGCCCCGGAGAGCAGCGCCCCGGAGAGCAGUGCCCCGGCGCCGCCUCUACACGAAAAGGCAGCUCUAUCUCUCUGGCUGAGGCGGCAGCAAGCGGGAUCCACGAAGAAGCCGCCGGCGUUCUUCAAGGACUUGAGAAUACACAGACACUCGCUAACAUACAGGGGCGCUAUGCUCAACAUCAACCGGUACAGACUUCGCGCCUCGUCGUGUCCGAACAUCUUCAGAAAUUCCAUGACCACUAUUGCUAAAGAGAAGGUGCAGUGGUACGCGGGUCUGUGGGACUUGUGGGACUUGAUAGUGGAUGUGCUGGACUUCUCCCACUUCAGGAACUCUGCGUUCCUGGUGUUCGCGCUGUCCAACUUCCUCCUGUACAUGUGGUACGACGUGCCGUACGUGUAUAUCUCUGACAGCGGGCAGCUGAUGGGCUUUAACGAGUCCCAGUCGUCCAUGCUUAUCUCCAUCAUUGGGAUACUUAAUAUGUUUGGAGAGAUAUUCCUCGGCUGGGUGGGCGAUUGGGAGUGCGUGAGCCCGAGCGUGGUGUACGCGGGCUGCAUGGUGAUGUGCGGCAUCGUGACACUGCUCAUGCCGUUGCUCUCUACGUACCUCACCCUCGGCGCCGCCGCCGGCAGCUUCGGCGCCUUCAUCGCCGCCAACUACUCGCUCACCAGCAUAAUCCUGGUGGAGCAGAUAACCCUGGAGAAGUUCACUAACGCGUAUGGCUUGCUGCUGCUAAUACAGGGCCUCGCCAACCUCAUUGGUCCGCCGCUAGCUGGCUGGGUGACCGACAUGACAAACUCCUACGACCUGGCCUUCUACCUCGCCGGAGUGUUCAUCGCCAUCUCGGGGCUGGUGCUCAUCGUGCUGCCGGCGCACCGCCUCGUCCAGAGGAGAAAAGAACGCAGUAGAAUAGAAGAAGCAGCGCAAGAAGCGAAGACAGAAGGAGCGAAAGAAGUGCCGGAGAGCAUUAAACUAAAUGGCGACAUCAAGCAGAACGGGAAGGUUAUAUUCUAGUAAAUAAGUAGGAAAAUUGCAACCGGACGCAGUGUACGUUCUUUUCAAAUUGAUCGCAACGCCUGCAGACUUAAACUAUUUAAAAGAGUUUUUAACGGUCAAGCGGUUUAUGUCAAAACUUAACAGGUGAAGGAUUUUAAGCCGAUGAUCGUAUUGAAUCGUAUUUUCAAUUGACCGCAAUGACUGCAGAUAUAACAUAAAUUAACGUGAGUAUGUGCGCGUGCGAGCGACAACUCUGUUGAUAAUGCAGUCCCAAGACAUUAAGUCAGUGAUCGCAAAUUCGUUCUUUACUUGACCGCAACGACUGUAUACGUAAACUACGUAUAUGCGCGUAAGUACCAUAGUACUAAGCGAUUUUCGAGUAAACUUUGACGUUAUAAUAAAAUUUUUUCGGAUAAUCCAAUAACGCCUGUUUUGUACGAUUUCUAGUAUCAAGUUGUUAUCAAUGAAAAGUUCAAAUAUAGAGUGUUAGUGUAUUCAUAACUUAUCUCCUAAAGUAGUAUUCAAUUAUAAUGUUUAAGGAUCACGAAAAAAUUAUGAACAUUUUUUAAUACGCGAUUUGUACGUAUAUA